AUGGCCUCAUUCAAGCUUCCACCCAUCCACGACAACCCCGAUGGUGGCUGGGGACCAUCUACAUCGAAUCUUCCAGAACAAUUCAAGUUCAAGGACAUCCCCUACGCCCCAUACUCGAAAUCUGACAAACUUGGUCGCUUUGCCGAUUGGAAUGAUUCUGCCGACCCGCGUCAAACUGCUGUCGGCCUUCCGCAGGCGCAGGGACUCAGAGGAACCGGUCCUGGCGGCCGAAGACGGGAUGGAACCCAGGCAUUUGGCAGCGGUUCUGCUAGUGCAUUUGCCUACUUCCACGUCGAAGACGAAUCGUCGUUUUCGCUCGUGGAUAACAAAACCACUGUUCCGCGAAGGGGCGGCGCCUUUGUCAGAGGAGGAAGGGGUGGCACUCGUGGUGGUUCUCAGUCUUAUAACUCUCGCGGAGGAAGUAACCAAAGAGGCGGUCGUGGUUUUGUCCCUGGACGCGGUGGUCAAGGUCAAAGAGGUGGACGAAGGGGUUGGAGAGACUGGGAAAAGAACAACCGAACCCGCGAAUCGUCGGUCGUCAUUUCUCCCAGUUGGUCGAUGCUGGAGGAGAUCGAAUUCCAUCGGCUCACAAAAUUACGUCUCGAAGUUGACGAACCUGUAGAUCUGGACACUUAUGGCCGACUUUUUGCAUACGACAAAACGUUUGAUCGUAUAACCACCAAAAAUGAGCGACCUCUGCAGCUAGUAGACCGCAUCAAGUACAAUACAACCACAUCUGACGACCCUAUUAUUCAAGACCUCUCCUCCAAAAACACGGCCACUGUCUACGCCACUGAUGUUAUCCUCAGUGUUCUCAUGUGUGCUCCACGGUCUGUCUAUCCAUGGGACAUUGUCAUCGUGCGUGAGGGCAACAAUCUAUAUUUUGACAAACGCGAUGGCGGUCCAUUCGAUACCGUGACUGUCAACGAAAAUGCUGCCGACCCACCUCAAGACCCUACUCCGCCAAACCCCAACAACCCACAGGAAAAAGCAGCGGUACCAGAGGUACCGUCAAUCAACUCUGCGACCUCCCUUUCGUUGGAGGCCACCUACAUCAACCAAAACUUUGGCUUCCAGUCUGUAAUUGAGACUGCGCCGCCGCCGUCUGUUGAGCUCGCGCAUCCGAAUCCAUUCUACGGCCCAGACGAGACAGAGCCACUUGCUUCUUGUGGGUAUCGUUACCGUGUAUUCGACCUUGGUAUCACCGAAGACGAGGACAUCAAGAUCUGUGUCAGAACGGAGGUCGAUGCGUAUAUUCCAGGGCAAGGAAACCCUCGCGAUGGCCAAGGGCUCGUCACAGUCCGUGCGUUGAACGAAUUCGAUCCCCGUUCUCAAGGCGCCGGUGGCGCACCCGAUUGGCGCGCAAAGCUCGAUUCUCAGCGCGGCGCUGUCGUUGCCACGGAGAUGAAGAACAACAGCUGCAAGCUCGCAAAAUGGACUGUGCAAAGUGUAUUGGCCGGGGCUGAGUUGAUGAAGAUCGGUUACAUCUCUCGCGCCAACCCGCGCGAUAAUACUCGGCACGUCAUUCUCACCACGGCUUCCAUGCGCCCGACCGAGUUUGCGGGCCAGCUCAAUGUCUCGCUGGCCAACGGCUGGGGAAUUGUCCGCAGCGUCACCGACAUCUGCAUGCGUCUCGGCGAGGGCAAGUAUGUCCUUGUCAAGGACCCCAACAAGCCUGUUAUCCGACUCUAUGCGGUCCCGAUGUCGACUUUCACCGCCGACGAGGACGAAGGAGAUGUAUUCGGAGAGGAGGAACCACAGGAAUGA